GCUUCACGAUUAUUAACCCCUACAUUUCAUAGACGAUUAACCAAUCACCAGUGAGCCUAAGAAGAUUUUUGGUCAGAAUUGUAACUGUCGAGUCUAAUACUUAGGUCGCAUCCAGUCCUUGCGACACCAUAAUUAGGAUAGUUAGAGGGCAGUGCAGCUCCAUUCUCCGUUUCGAUGAUGAUCUAAACGGCAACAUGUCCUAGCAUAGAUGGAAAGGUAGGUGAACAGGUUGGUAUAUAAUACGAUCUUGAUCCCGAUAUUCUCCUAGGCCUCAUCUCCAUCAGCAGCUUUAUUGUGAUCAGUAAUUUCACAGACGACCUGUAUAUCGCAGCUGGUUCAUACCUACUCAUUCAUCAAAAAUGGCUUCUUCGACAGGUCUACCCGUGGCUCUAUUAGUCAUAUAUCUUACAUUAUCUCUACCAACUAUUUACAUCACUUUCAAGCAUGGGUUGAAGCAUGGUGCUAUAGUUGGCUGGUUUUUUCUAUUCACCUUCUGUACUCUCCGGAUUAUUGCGAGCAUCCUCGAAUUAGUAGACGCUACUGGUUCAAGCGCCUCAUUGGUUGCUAGCAUAGGAUUGUCUCCUCUACUUGCUGCUACUUGCGGAAUUCUACAUGAGUCGCGGGUUCACAUCCUUCCAAAGGCGCGUCGACCCUUCGACACGCCAUACCUCAUCUUUUUUCACAUUCUUGUCACGACUGCCAUCGCACUGGUUGCUUCAGGGGCCUCGAAACUCAACAAUCCCUCGCUUCCCCCUGAUCAGAUGAAGCGAAGCCAAGGCUUGGUGAAAGGAGGUAUGGUUUUGUUGCUGCUUGGCUGGAUUUCCCUUGCGACCGUCACUUUCGCCACAUUUCAGCAUAUCUUGACUCACGCCUCCGGCAAAGUAGCAGAGAUGGGGGGAGGAAAGAAGCUACUUAUUGCUGUCGCUUUCUCGAUACCAUUCCUAGGUAUCCGAGUAAUGGAAAGCCUAGUUUACUUCUUCAGUCAAAACCCGCUGCUCAACCCGGUUUCAGGCAGUCUUGGUCUUCGAGUUGGGUUACAAGUUAUAGAGGAGAUCAUUGUGGCCUUAUCUCUCAUUGCUGCGGGUAUCCUCACGCGAAACAUUGGGGGGGGCAGAGCCGGUGGACAGUUAUGAGGUGGCACAGACUUACUGAAGUCUUCGUGGUUCGGAAAAGCUGAUAGUCAGGUACAAUAACUACCUAGAGUAUAACGCAACGGGAAAUUAUACAUCUACCUAGGGUUAUAAAUAGUAUUAGCAUGAAAUUCAUAUUAGAUACUUAUACAGGAC